AAACAAGGUGUGCUUUUGAAAUGGUUGACACAAGCCUAAAUUACAUGGAUGUACCAAUUUUCUACAUAUUACAGAUUUAUUAAGACAGUAAAAGGCAGUGAACAGUGCGUCAGACAUCAGGCACGAAUUCAAGGAAAGAGAUCUGAUCAGUGACAGUGAUCACAAGUAAGAAUAUGGAGUAAAAAUAUUUCACACGACAUAUAAGAUAUAAUGAAAGUAGUAGCUUGAAUUAGAUCUUUCAGGUGUGCAGAGUUUAAUACAUAGCUACAUUCAUAAUUAAUAUCAAUAUCGUGCAACUGAAUUAUAUAUAUUUUUAGUGAACAAUAUUAAGACUCGAGUGCAUGCAUGCAUGUUUACAUGCAGGGCAUGCAAUUUAGCACUUCAUUCUACUAUGUGACUAUCAUAUACGGCUACCGGUACUGUGGUACAACUCUGAACUGACUUGAUUAUGUACAAAUAGUCAAGGAAGAUCUAUUGUGUAUUGGCUAGCGAUAUAUUUACUUGUAUCUGUAUUUAUUUGUAUCUUUAUCUCUGUAUAUUGAUGUGAAAUAUUACAGAAUUACGACAAAGAGCAGGUAGGUUUAUUAAUAUUGAAGAUUUUACGAUAAUACAAUCUACGACGCUGCCGGCUCAACGCGGUUGAAUUUCAGCUCAAGAAUGAGCGCUAUAAGCAAUUUGAUUACUGUAAUAAAAUAAAUAAAUGUUUAAAGCUUUUUCAAAUAACCUUACAAACGACUAAGUUCGACUAAAGCGAUGCAAUGUUUGCUGUAAUCUUGACCUUAAUAGUUUAAUGUUGUAUUGAGAAUGACAAAGCCGUUCAGAAUUCCCUUUGGGAUCACAAAUUAUUCACAGUUUUUGUCGUUGUGAGCUGGCCGCGUCGUAGAUCAUAAACUCUAUUAUAAAGUGCGCUACGACGUGAGUGAAUACAUGGACACUGAUGUGCUUUGUCGUGCGAGUGCGCAGCACACGAUUUUAAAUAAUAUGAUAAAACACUCCUGCGCGUGUUUUAAAUAGUACUCCAAACACGACUACAAUAGAUGCCGUCUCAUUAGCAUUCUUUAUUGGAUCGCAAAAACUAAUUCAACAAUUGGAACAUACCCCUAGUAUUGAUUUUAUUGGGAAAAGCCUUGAACCAGUUUCGCAAGUCAAAGACCUAGGGACUAUACUCGACUCUAAUUUAAAGCAAAUUUGAUUAAAUAAAUAAAUGUUUAAAAGCUUUUUCAAAUAACCUUACAAACGACUAAGUUCGACUAAAGCGAUGCAAUGUUUGCUGUAAUUUUGACCUUAUAGUUUAACGUUGUAUUGAGAAUGACAAAGCCGUUCAGAAUACCCAUGGGAUCACAAAUUAUUCACAGUUUUUGUCGUUGAGCCGGCCGCGUCGUAGAUCAUAAACUCUCUAUUAUAAAAUGGGCUACGACGUGAGUGAAUACAUGGACACGGAUGUGCUUUGUCAUGCGAGUGCGCAGCACAAGAUUUUAAAUAUGAUAAAACACUCAUGCGCGUGUUUUAAACAGUACUUCAAACACUCAUUAAUAAUUCAUAAGCUAAUUGACAAAUCAUGUCAACCAUAAUAUGUCACGUGCAGUGGCUUUAAACCUGAUAAAACCACAGGAGGCCCAGGCUCGAUUUGCCCGCGCCCACCUGUGCCUUCCUUAUAACGAGGGAAGGACGGUAGGGAUGGGCGAUACCAGGAUUUUUAAUUCGAUACCGAUACCGAUACUUUUAAGAUCGGUAUCGGCCGAUACCGAUACCUAUUUCGAUACCAAAAUGAACACAAAAUUUCAAUUUUCGAUACCGGAAAUGAGUACUUAAAUUCCUAGUAUCGCUACUUUCGAUACCUGCCGGUCAGCGGAAAAGCAUGCGACCUACCUCCACCCCCCCGUCGCCAAAAAAUUUCUGUCAGUGUACCAUUUUAGGGAUUAAAAAAUUUUUUCGGACAUACCCAAAAUUUUCCGGACAUCAGCAAUUUUCCCCAUUUCUCAAAAUUUUUUUUCCUAAAAUCCAAAAAUUUUCCAUAAUUUUCUAAAAUUUUUGUCAAUUAACCACAUUUUUUCCAAAUUCACACUUAUUUUUGUAAUGGAAUCUUAUUCGACCAAGAAGUGAAAUUAAACAAGUCAUUUAAUUAGAAAAGGGUGCAAGUAUCGAACGAUACCACGUCAGUAAUCGAUACCGAUACCGCUGUUUGUGGUAUCGCUGGUAUCGAAUACCGAAUACUCGGUAUCGCCCAUCACUAAAGGACGGAGACAUUGAGACCAAAAUAGCCCAGACUUGGCAUAUGUCACCCGAAACUAUCAUCGAUUUUUCGCUUUUAAUGCAUUUCUUUCACGAUUAAUCGAUAUUCCCUGCAAGAAUGAUACCGUAUAACUCUCAAAACAACGAUGCUUUAAUCAAAGAGCUUAAAUUCGCUCUGAAAUCCGUGAGGGAAUAACAAAAUUCGCCAAAAUAUAUCCGCGUGCCGGGUUUGCUGUGCAAAAAGCGGAACUGUAAUAAUUUCAAUCAUACAAUCAAAACUAUUCACAAACGUUAUAAAGUGUAAAUAUUAUUGCAUGUAAAUAUACCUGUAGUACGUUAAUAUGUAUAAUAAAUUGUAUUUCACAUUGUGUUUGUUAAAAAAAUUUGAAAUGUUUGUUGAUAUUCGUUGUCCAAUCAGGGUUGAGUGUAUUUUGAGUUGUUCAACGACUUCCGCUUUUUGCACAGCAAACCCGGCACGCGGAUAUAUUUUGGCCGAAUUUUGUUAUUCCCUCACGGAUUUCAGAGCGAAUUUAAGCUCUUUGAUUAAAGCAUCGUUGUUUUGAGAGUUAUACGUAUGGUAUCAUUCUUGCAGGGGAUAUCGAUUAAUCGUGAAUGAAAUGCAUUAAAAGCGAAAAAUCGAGGAUAGUUUCGUGUGACAUAUGCCAAGUCUGGGCUAUUUUGGUCUCAAUGUCUCCGUCCUUCCCUCGUUUAAUAUAAGGAAGGCACAGGCGGGCGCGGGCAUAUCGAGCCUGGGCCUCCUGUGAUAAAACACUCCUAAUUAGUAUUCUUUAUAUAAAGAAUACUAAUAAGGCAGUAUCUAUUGUAGUCGUGUCCUCAUUAGUAUUCUUUAUAUAAAGAAUACUAAUAAGGCAAUCUCGUUCCCAGAGUAUGCCUGUUCGCGAACAGGCAUACUCUGGGAACGAGAUUGACUAAUAAGGCAGUAGAUCUAUUGAAUUUGUAGUCGUGUAUUAGGUCUAAAGCCACUCGCGCUGCGCGCUCGUGGCUUUAAACCUAAUAAAACACUGCUCGUUUAUUAAACAGUACUCCAAACACGACUACAAUAGAUGCCGUCUCAUUAGCAUUCUUUAUAUGAAGAAUACUAAUUAGGAUGGACUUUUUGCUGCCGUAGCGAGCGAGCGUGAAGCGAGCGAGCGAGGCAGCAGUCUAAUCUUUAUGUAUGAGUCAUGUAUAUGUAUAUAUAUAUAUAAGGCAGAUGAAAUCUCGAUCGUUUCGGCGUAUUUCGGCCUACCACAAUGCACUGCUUCCGGGCCGGCAGGCUAUUCUUGUCUAAUAAACAGGCAUAAGGCAAACAGGCAAUGUGAUCAUCUUUCAUCUUUGGUUUUCUUUUAUGGAAACUAGCUGGCGUAAGUGAUCAAACGGCAUUUUAUCGAUACGCAGUGGUUCGAGCGUUAUAAGCGGUGGUUUCGCUAUUAUACGCAGUGGUUCGAGCAUUAUACGUGCAUGGUGCUUUCGCCAUUAUACGCGGUGCGUUCGCCAUAUUCGCAGUGGUUCGAGCAUUAUACGCGGUGCUUUCGUCAUUAUACGGGGUGCUUUUAACAUAAUUUCCAUAUUAUUUCCAUGUACAUAAUCUCACGAUUGCUUAAUAAAUCUGGUAGGCCUAUGUGGCUGUGCUUUUUGCCUCUGGUCUGCAAUGACAAUGACAUGCUUUUAAAAAGGUUUAUUUAUAAAAAGGUGACUGCACUUUGUGAGUUCUUAUAUAUUAUCAUUAGUAAUAAAUCUGUGAUAUAACAUAGGUAUAUAAAUUAAUAUAACGCAGCAAAUGCGCGCCAAGCAGUAUAAACGCGGCUGAAAUACGAUAUUAAAAUCUUGAAUGUGCCGUAUCAUUUAAUUAUGUUUUAGGAUUUAAAGCCUUUAAAAAUGCUUUGUCAUUUGUAUUUGUACUUGUACUGCAUCACAACGCAGUGCGUAAGUGAACAGAUUUCACAUGUGAGGUUGUCUUGUAUAUAUUUUUGCCUUCUUUGAUAAACAUUAUUAAACACGCAAAUUUAGUGAGACACUGACGCACACUCGCACAUGUUAAAUGUCACCUGCAUGUCAUUGUCAUUGCCCUUUAACCCCUGGUCUAAAUCAUAUGAUUAUUGAAGCGGGGCCGUUUUGACUUUGGCCCGUUUUGACUUUGGGCCGUUUUGACUUUGGGCCGUUUUGAACUAGCACCGUAUUUGUGGGCAAAUUGUCUAUACAAUUUUAUAUACUAGAUAUCACAGCCAUACCUGCCAUUUUGAUCUUUUCCUCGCGUUAGAUAAGUUGAUAAGUACACUCAUUCUUGUUAGCCAUCGUACCUGUUCGGCUGUUCCUCUUUCGAUACGAAACUUCGAGCGCCGAGUUAUCAUACGGCACAUUCAAGUGUAUAAAUUAUGGAUGAUUUCAAUUCAUUACGAAUAUUUCUUACUCUUAUAUUCUUUAAAGUAUGAGAGGCAAUUUUUUUUCAAUGUCACGUAUUUGCAAUGAAAAGUGUUCAAAACCUAAAAUCUUUUUGGCGUUUCUCUCAAAAUUACUUUGUUUUAGCUUUAUUCUCUACAGUUUAUAGAGUUAGCUACCUUUUUAAAUGCGUCUGCCAGUUGAGAAACAUAAAAUAAUAGUUAAAAAUUGCCAAUUAAAAUACAAUUAUCAAUGAUGCCUUAAAAUUGACGCUAUAUUUACAGGCAAAACGUACUGAACUUCAGACAUCAUUAUCUCUUUGGCGUAUCAUCUAAAAUCUCUUCAUUUUAGCAUUAUUUUACAGAUAAAGCACUAAACAUACUUUUUAAGUUUUUUUUUUACCGAUUGAGAAACGUAUCGAAAAAUAAAAAUUUUGAUUUUAGUCAUAAUCUCAUGUGGUAUAUUAUACGCAUUAGUUUUGAGCGCGUGUUACGUAACAUACAAAAAAUCUCAUUUAAAGAUUUGGGAACAAUGCUAUACCAAGGCAGCAUUCACUACCCUGUGGGUAAACUAGUAUAUAAAGAAUACUAAUGAAGAUGUGUGUUAAUUACACACAUCAAGUAUUAAGCCUCUUCACGUGACAUAUAUGGUUGUCUUGACAUGAUUUGCCAAUAAGCUUAUUAAUGAGUGUUUGAAGCUAUAUUAAGGUCAGGCAACCGCUUCACAUAAAGAAGUAGCGAAAAUUGAUCGUAUAUGCUUUAUGUUAGUUCAAAUUAUUGAUGUACUAGAAAUACAUGCAUGUGACAACCCCUCCCCUAUACUCCAAACAUUGUUUCAACAUGAAGUAUUCGUAAUUACGCCAACACUGAACGCAGGCUCGCGUUGCGCACGUCAUGUUAGUCAUGGCAACACGAUAAUUGUUUUUUUUAAUUUUUUGUUCAAACCUGCAACUGAAUAGAUGAAACUUGAACACUUUUAAGGGAGUGGUCAUUAUUUAUGGGGAGAGGGGGGGUUGUAAAUGGGAGGGGGGGGGGCAAACGACGUUUUACCCUUAUAAAUAGGGAGGGGAGGUCAAAAAGGUUUUAACCUAGAGAAAGGGGGGUCAAAAAAGUUUUUGAACUUAAAUACCAUGUCUACAUUUCUGAUUUCUAUAAUCACAAACAGCAUAGACUCACAAAUCAUAAUGCCAAAGAGGUAAAGAAGACUCUGAAAAUACCAUUUCCAACGAUCUAAAGACUCCUGCUCAGCGCCAACCAUGGUAGCGCCUUGUGGGAGUUGGGCCCACUAAGUUUAACAAGCUUCCUACCCCCUGAGUGACCCAGUUGGGGUAUUUACGUAAACAUACCGUGCAAGAAGUACUUAACUGAUCAGAUUCGGUCUAUCAAAGCACAAUGUAACGCUGUAUAUCCAAAAAUCUGUUUCAGAAAAUGCUCACAUUUCAAUACCCCCAGACCCCUACUAGUACAUACGAUACCAAACCAAACUUUUUUUCACCAACAACCAUCUGUCAUCUUUCCACACUCAGUAUAGUAUAUGGUCCCUUUUUGUAGAUACCUCCUCCCCAGACAAGUUCGUAAAAAAAGCCCUGUGUUCAAAUCAUUUCGCUGCAUGAAGGCAGGCCAUGGGUUAGGGUUAUGGUAGGACAAAUGUUGCAUUGCAAAGUAGUAACACAUAAUAUAUAUUUUUAAUCACAUAUGGUUGAAUCAUAUUCACCAGAGUAAAACAUCAUGAGCUAGAUUAAACAGAUUGUUCUAAUAUCUAAGGGGCUGAUUACAUGGGCCGAGUUGUCCCGCUUUGGCGAGUUGUCCCGGCUAAGCGAGUUGACUUUUCAAUUGCGAUUACAUGCACCGCGCUAACCCGGCUAGCCGGGCUGAAGUAGCUCGUUAAGAUUUGUAAUGCUUAACAUUUUAAUACUCGGUGUUAGAAAUCGAUUAAAAAUGGUGUAUUUGUUGUAUUUGAGGACUACGUUACCCACUGAAUGUUGUUGGUUGAGGUAUUUAUACUUAGCGCUGAUCCCAACAGGCUUAUACUGUUUGUAUUCUAACAAAAUUGUGUCGCUUCCUAUCUAAACCUUGAAAACGUUCAUUAAUAUCAUUUUGAUGUUAUUUGAAGUUUUUUAAACUUAUAUUUGUACAUAUAAUCGAAAUUAAAACAUGAAUAAGUGUGGUUUUCAGCCCGCUUUGCCGAGCCAACUCGGCAAGAAGCGAUUACAUGGGAUGUGUUGGCAAUUUCUGUCCCGGCUAAGCGAGUUGACUCGGCAAGCUACAGCCGCGGUCCCGGAAAGGCGGGACAACUCGCUUUGCAUGUAAUCGAAAUGUCAAAAUAAUAGACAAUACAUAUAAGAAGCGGGUCAACUCGGCAAAGCGAGUCAACUCGCUUAGCCGGGAGAACUCGCCCAUGUAAUCGACCCCUAACUUUACCUGCAACGCACACCUGUUUUAUUGCUGUUAAUUUUUCAAUCCACACUGGGGGGGGGGGGGUUCAGAAAAGUUUCUACUUUUAUGAGGGGGGGGGGCACAAAAAGUUUGCUUUCAGUCUGGAGGGGGAGGGGGUGUCAGAAACGUUUUCAAUCCUCCCCAUAAAUAAUGACCACUCCCUAAAUACAGAACUAUCAAUUUGUAAAAUAUACAAAGUAGGUAUAUUAUUUGGGGCUUUAUUUUAAUGUAAAAUUCAAAACGAAACUCUACGAAAACGUUUUUAAAUGUGAAUUGAAAUCAACUGCUUUUUGCCGAUAUUAAACCUUUCAACUCUUCUUGAGCUUCAACUUAUUACUCGCAAUUUGAAAUGAAAUAAAUUUAAUUCGAACAGGACGCUAAUGAAAAUAAUUUACUUUCCUUUUUAUCAUGAACUUCUACAAACGUUAAUUUAACUAAGAAACUUUCGUAUACAAUGUAUAGGAAUGAUUUAAACACCAAGAACAAAAUCUAUAAUAAUGCAAAGUCAUACAUCAACAAUUGAAACAAACUUGCCCUAUACUUUAGGAUUUCUCAUACUAAAUCAAUUCUUAUCAGUGUUUACGUUUAAAAAUUCAAAAAAUGUUUUACAAUUUGUUAUGUGAAACGAUUUUCCAAGCUUUCUUACAUGUACUUUUUAUAUUUUUCCCUUCUUCACUCCUGGCAAACAGCCAUAUUUUGAGAUCAGUGAGAUGACCACCCAUACACCAUGCGCCCGCGAUAUUUGAUGAACUUUAGACCACUGCUUUAGAGUUGCUUUAGACUUCGCUACUAGUGCGUUCCUUUCCCCGGGUGUAAAUAGCCGGGCGUUAGCCCGGGGCGAGGGUACUAAUUCCGCCCGGCUAUUUACACCCGGGGAAAGGGAAGCAUUAGCGGAGUCUGAAGCAUUGAACUAUAAGUAAACUGGAAAGCUAACUCCUAUGAUGAAGGUCUAUGAUUCGUUGAAGCCGUUGCGCGGGAAAAUCAGCUUUCAAAAGGACUAAGGCGAGUUUCGAGAAGUGAAAAAAUUCGAUCAAAAGUUUGUUUUCGAGCAAAAAUGUGCAAGAAAAACACUUUUUCCAUGGAAAUACUGCAAUGAUUGGGAUUCAAACCAGGUUUUCCGAUUAGUUAGACUGUUUUACAUGUCUCUACAGCAAAAAGUGAUGAGUUUUGCUUUUGUAUUUUGAAAAAAUGACGAAGUUUGGACGUGCCGAAGGAAACCUCGCUCUUCAACUCGAAAAAAAAACUAUAAAACAUUUUGAUAGUACGUCCCAAAACCCUAGUUUGUACUAAACCCCAGGUAUUGUUGUUUAUCCUGAGCUUUUAGUCCUUGUUUUAUUCCUUCUGAAACAUGAAUAAAUUGACUUUUUCAAGUGAUCGUGAUCUGAUUUUCAUCAUCGCAUCUUCUUGUUGGGCAUUUAUAUGAGCACUUAUAUGGCAGCCAAACUAGCUUUGGUAAUGCUUAUUUUAACUGUCAAAAGUAAGUCGUGGGUACUUGAAAAUAAAUUUGCAAAUGUAUUUAAUAUUUUUCUACAUAAUUUGUAUCAUAAAAUCUCGAAGUCUUGUUGAAAAGUCUCAUAACUCAGAAAAACCAAACAUUUUCGCGCGGUUUCUUGACAAAUUUUAUUUUGGCUCUGUAAUAUUUUAGCAGUUGAACGAUGUUUAUUUAUUGUAAGUACUUGAGUGAAAAGAUUAACUGUCUUAGUAUGCUCUAAAAUGAAAAAGGAAAGGGGGAAAGGAAAUUAUAGGAGUAAAAUUUAUCGAUAUAUAAAGUGUAUUUUUGAAAAAAAAUUUGCAAAACAGGACUGGCAUACAUACAUACAUACAAAAAUUUAUUUAAGCACGCUGGCCUCAACAACUAGGAGCUGAUUUCCAUGAGGGGCGUGAUUUGAAGAAAUAUACAGUACAGGUAAACAUUAAAAAUACAAAAACAAAGAAAGAAGAAUUAUAUAUACAGUAGGCAACAGGACGAGCCAAUUUAAAGUGUUUGCCUGAUUAAUAGUUCUUUGAAAAGAACUUAAAGAUUCCGCUACUUUUACCUCAUACGGUAAAUUAUUCCAUACUACCGCUCCGUUAUAUUUGAAGCAUCUUUUACCAGAAUCGGUAUUCGGUUUAGGAAGAGACAAAUCGGUUUCUCUAUUUCUAAGAUCAAAGGUAUUAUCACAUUCAUUAUUCAAUCGAAAGGAUGUUCUUAGAUUUGGUGCGGUGUGGUUAUUCAGAAUUUUAUACAUAAAAACAGAUUUUAGAUAAGUUCGCCUUAGUUCUAGGUGUUUCCAACCCAGGCUUUCAAGUAAAUCAACCGACCGAACAUCGUAAGUCGUACUAGAAAUUACUCUUGCAGCCCGAUUUUGAAAUUUCUGCAACCUGUCCUUGAGGCCUAUUCACAGUUGUCCCAGAGAGGGCUGCAGUAAUCAAAGUAGGGCUGCACAAUAGCAUUGUACAUCAAUUUUAGUGUCGCAGACGAUACGAAGGGCCUAAUACGUCUUAUAGCACCGAUUCCCGCACUGACUUUUGAACAUAUCAUAUCAAUAUGUUUUUCCCCACUACCUACAAAGCACGGCUUCAAUUCCCCCCUCCCCCUGAGUUAGCCUUCCAGUUUACUUAUAGUUCAAUGGCCUGAAGUUCAUCAAUGAUCGCGGGCGUGGGUCACCAACCGUGCUCCGUGGAUGGUCAUUCUCACUCACUCACUGAUCUCAAAAAUAUGGCUGUUUGCCAGGAGUGGGAUAAGCAAGAUUUAAAUUUUUAAAAGCAUAUAUUUGGAAAAUCACGUUUCACACAAUUGAAGCAAUUUUUGUUUGAAGAAAUGAGAAGAAUUGAUUUGCUGUGGAAAAUCGUGAAAUAUAGGGCAAGUUUGCUCUGAAUCGAAUGUUUGAUGUUUAUGAAUUUAAUUUUGUUGCUUUAAUUUAUUGCGUAAAACAUGCAGUACUGCUUUCCUUUUCAAUGAAGCUAUAUUAAAGUUUGCUAAAUUACCCUGUUUAAUUUAACAAAAAAUUGUAAAAUGUAAAGGAGAGCAAAUUAAUUUGAAAACCGAACUGAAAUUACUCAACAAUUUGAACUUAUAUUUUGUUUUAUUAAGUAAAAACAGUUAACGUUUAUCGGAAAAAGCAGUUUAUACUUUACGACCUCAUAAUAAUAAUGUUAACGAUUAGCUCAAAAAUAUUCUGAAUUUUUACACUAAAAUGUAUCACUAAUCAAUACUUAUCGUUGAAGGAAAUAUACUUGUCUUAGGUCAUAGCAUGCAUCAGCAAAAAUAAAUAGUUUAUACCUUUAGUAGAAGCACUUGAAAUCCAGCUUUAAAAUCAACUGACAUUCACGGCGACGCGGCGGAGGAGGGGAAAGGAGACACAGUUGGCAAGAUCCAUUGGCCAUGCAAGCUGCACGUACCAUCACAAACAAACCCGUCUAACUCAACAAUACGGAAAGCUCAGCCGAAAAUUCCAUAUUUUCCGUAUUGUUUUUCCACAUUACAGGGACCAGGGUUAAUAGCAAAGUCUCCUGCGAAAACAAAACUUUACACUAUAACAAACCAGCGUGACCAUUCAUAUGCGUGGGAAUAUUAACGAAAGAUUUUUCAAACUGACCUGACGUGCAUGGCAAUUAGUUACUCACGCCAUCUCGCGCCAGUGCGCGUGUUCUAUAGCACAGAAUAAAGACGUACAGAUCGAAGGUCGACUCGAGUAACCGCCACCACGCCAUGAUUCAUCAUCAAAAUGUUGACGCCAUGGGCCUAGCCAGUACGUUUAUGAGAGGCUUUACCCCCCUGGAUGUCGGCCAUUUUGCAUAUUUUCAGGGGGGGUGAAUACCUCUCAAACGCGCACUGGCUAGGUCCAUGGCGUCAGCAUUUUGAUGACGAAUUACGGUUAUGCCAAAAUCAUUGGAAAAUCAUAUGAAAAACCAAGAAUCGGGCUUCUGUAUAGUCUAUUCUGUGUCUAUAGCGUGUUACAUGGUCGGAUUGCUGACAUCAUAUUGAAAUUCAAUUUUUGAAAAGACUUUGCGCUAUAUCUCACUAUUUUGUCCGGUGACCUGUUUAAGUUUUGCAUGCUGUAUUGUACUGUAAAAGUCUUUAAUAUAUUAAUUAUACAAAACAUAAAAAAUUCUGCAAUGCAAAAAGUAUUUGAUCAAAUUUUUGCCGUUUUCAAAAAAAUGAUUUUGCUUAUUGUUAGUCUAGUACGCUCUAAAUAAAAUAAUGCACGAAAGAAUACUAAAAUUGGUGAUCAUCGUGCUUCUUUUCAAACUAUACGAGGCAAUAGGCUAUUUUGGAGUGAAUUUCGCACGCGUUUAUAUUGCCAUAGUAAAGAACUUAAGAAGAAAGUUUAAAAUAUGAUCAUCCCAAUAUCCGCUGCAUAAAGCCUAAAAAUACAACGAAAUUUAACAAUAUCAAACUGUGGUAUAACCAGACAGUUGUAUCGAGCCACCUUAAUAUACGCCCUUUCGAUAAUUACGUCACGUACGAAUUCACGAGAACGAGACUCCCGGGCCAAGGAAGUAUUAGUAACAUAAUUAAAGAGUGUAUUAAGCGGUGACUGGUGUUGAAAUUAUUUCUGUUUAAGAAAUAAGAUGUCAGAAAAAGAACAAGAACCAUUGCAUCGAAUCAAUGAAGAUGAAGAGUUAGAACUAAAGAUUUUGAAUAAAGAUGACAGAAGUAAAGAUGCAAGAUCUACAAGACCUACAGGAAAUAAGAGAACCAGUUCCGCUAGAUCUGAGGAUGGUUCCACAAACCCACUUAUAAGGUAACCUGGAGAGCUAGGUUAAGAUAGCCAACCCCGGGCAUAUAACUUGAUCAACUAUCACUGACACUUAGACCUGCUACAAGUCGCCUCGUAUUUAGUUGCGCGGUUGAGUUCAAAUUUCUCAAAAUGCGGAUUUCAACGAAAGCUCGCCCAUUCGCCCAAUCCCAUCCGGGCUUACGGAUCGAAAGCUUUGCAGUAAUAAAUUUACGUGGUGUUUCCACGAACAAAAGUAUUAUAAGAAUUAACGUGUAAUUAUAACUGCACCUUAGUAAAAUUUAAAUUGAACGUCUUGCCAGGCAUAUUACUAAAUAUUAUAGGGCCUUGUGAAACCAUUAUUUCACACUUUAAUCUCAGGUUUCAGGCAGUUCAGGAACCAACUACCGCAGAUUACCAUACUUAUUACAUACCUUGAAGACUAAUUAUUUAUAAGUAAAAUUCAUAAAUCUUAAAUUAAUUAACGUGAUUUGUAUUUUUCAGAGCUGUUCGACGUGGGUCAUCUUCGACGUCUUUAUUUUUCCAAGAAACAAAUUUGAAUGAUUUUGAUGUCAAAGAAACGGACAAUUUCCAACGAAAUGUGUUCCAUUAUGCAGUCUCAAAACCAGAUGUUUUAAAAAAGAUACUGAAGCAGCUUAAAACAGUUAAGUUUUACAAUAUUAAUUCUAAUAUUUAUCUAGGCAAAAGUAUAGGCAAGUGCCCACGAUAGACCCGAUAACAUGCAAAGACCUGAUCAUUUUCAAGUUUUCUUUGGUGACGCAAGCUUAUUCAUGUGGCAAACAUUUUGGUGAUUCAGGCACAAGUAACAAACCUGAAUGUCGCCCUAUCGACCGCGUGUGUCUCUUCCCGAUUCUCCCGUUUAGUGUAUAGCGGAGUCUUUAAAAAGCAAUAUGUUUAAUUUUUCCACAGAAAGCAUCCAUUCAAGAGGCUUUAAAUCAAGCAGAUAAUGAAGGAGAAACUCCAAUUCAUCGUGCAGCUGUAAUUGGAAAUAUUGAGGUAUUGUUGGACCAGCAUUUCGAGAGAUGAAAAUGAAGUCACCAAAAAUCUUAUUUUUGAAUUUUUUUACAUUUAGUCAUUAGAAAUACUUCAUGAAUAUGAUAAUUCAUUAAUGAAGUUAAAAACGAAGAUAAGCAAGAGGUCAGUCCUCCAUUUGGCUGUGAAAAGCAGAUCAGUGGUCGCUGUGAGGUUUUUUCUCAAUAAAGAUCCUGACUUGAUAAACACUGUGGACAGUAUGUUGCAAAGUCCUGUACAUUAUGCUGCUAGUCUGAAGCAGUCCAGUGUUUUGGAACUUUUAAUAUGUAAAGGAUGCGAUACAACAGAAAAGUAAGUUAACUUACAGUAACUUAUUUUGUGCAACGUACUGCGCAAGUUACAGGAGUUACCGAUGCGGACGAUAAAUAUAAAUUAGCAUAAUAC